AUGCGUGUGGUAGCAGCGAUACGAGCAACGGCGAGAAAGGCUGUCUCCAGUCGGCGCAGUAGUGCCAAUGCUAUGACAAACAUGGAUGUAAGCCACUCUUUCAUCUCCUUACAGCACCAGAACCCCAGGCAGACGCAAGUGUUGAUGAUCCGAGCCUUCGCGUCCGUCGCCAAUGUAUCACAACGGCCGAAUUUUUGUGAAAAUAAGCACAAGUUUGCGUGGGCCGAGACGGACAUUGCACCACCAUCUCCAGGUCGUGGCAUGAUUGGAAGAUCUUCUAACGUUGACGUGACCAAAGGCCAGAACCCUAUUCAGCGCUGGUAUUGGCUCUGGAAGAUGCUGGGCUUCUUGAACAAGGACGACUUUCUGUUCCGCAACUCGACCGCUGUGCUUCAGAGUUGUAUGAACUACACGGCUGUACCAGAAUACUAUUAUGCGCUGAAACUGCCACGAUCUUUCCGCGCGCAACAGGCGCUGCUCAUGACGCAUGUGUGGCUAGUGCAUCGCCGCUUGGCGCUAGAAGGAGAGGAGGGAAAAAUGAUGCAGGAGCUCAUGUUUGAUCGACUGUGGGAGGAAACCAUUGUACGAAUCCGCCACCAAAACAUCUCGGAAUUGACAGUAAGUAAACACUUGGCUCAAGUCCAGCAGAUGUGUUUUAGCGCCUGCAUGGCCUAUGACAAAGGCUUGAAGAAUGGACCUAAUGUGUUGCAGUCUGCCGUAGCUGAACACCUGUUGGAGAAUGAAACACCGGAGGGUUUGCGUAUUGCCAGCAUCAUGGCCGAGCAUAUGAAGCAUGAGCUGAAGAAUUUGGAAAAGGUUGAUGCCAAGUAUAUCAUGGAGGGUACGAUCCCGUGGAGCUCGAUUCCAAAGACCCACGUGAAGGCAAGUCAUGUUCCCAAAGACGACGACAACGAUGAUGAUGUGGUGCUUAUUGGACAGCGUUUUGGCAAUUGGCGGUCUGCAUUGGAUAACCGUGGAAAGCUCUAUUACUGGAAUCUAACAUCGCGCUACUCGGUUUGGGACCGCCCGACUGGUGACAAACUUUGUUAG